AUGUCUUUUCAAAACAACGCAAAUGACACAAGUAGCAGACAAGCAAAUGUUUCGCAGUCAGUAGGUAAUCAACAAAACCGAAAACUCACGGAGAUGACGGAACAGUAUAUGGCUUUACUAAGGGAGGCUAAGAAUGUUGGAGAAAGUACACCCAAGGGGAGGGAGCUUUUGAUGAAUGCUACAAAAUUGAGGACCUACUGUGAGAAUUAUAGUAGACAAUUGCAACAGGCGGGUCAGGCUUACAAUCAAAAUCGAAGUAACGCUGGCGUAGGAAAUAGUAGCACGAUAUCAAAACCUGCAGCAGUGAAUCCAAAUAGUGCUGGCAGCACGGGUAGCCAGCAGAGUAGAACAAGUGGUAGCCAACUGGCGAACUUCAUAAGGCAAGUAUUGACACCAGAGCAGAAUCAGCAACAUGAUGCAUUAUCACAAAGUUUUCAAACAAAAUUUAAAAACAUAAGAGAUAAAGCGGCUUAUUUGCAGCAGCACAUUGAAAGAUUAUCGCAAGAGAUCAAUAAACAAACAGAUGUGUCAGCGAGGGAACAGCUAGAGGAAAAGAAAGCCGAGUUAACAAACAGUUUGAAGAUGUUACGCAUGGAGUAUACUGUUCAGCAUGCAGAAUUUCAGAACCGUAAGAAGAGGUUCUACGUUGAGUGUGCGAGAAACAAUCCGGAUCUACAUCAACUUCUGCAGAGAACUACACAGCAGCAGCGACUUGCUCAACAGCAGCAACAAGCACAAGCACAAGCACAAAAACAAGCACCAAUGCAACCACAAACACAGCAGCAGCUACAACAGCCACAAGUACAGCAACCGCAAGUACAGCAACCACAAGUACAGCAGCCGCAAGUACAGCAGCCGCAAGUACAGCAACCACAAGUUUCAGCCGUCAAUACUACCUCUAAUCUCAAUAGUGAAAAAGGGUUGGUAUCUACACCAAAAGUAGCCAACUCUCCAGCAGUGCCAAAAACACAACAGGAGACCCCUAGGAAUGUAACGAUGCAAAAACUUCCUCAACAGAAUCGCACACAAUCAACAUCAGGAAAUCCAGUCUCAAAGUCUCAAUCCCAAGUGACUAGCGUCAACGCUGCUGCAUCAAUGGCUGCUAAUAAUGGGUCCAUUAAACCCACUAUAUUCAAGCAAUCCGAUCCUGUAGUACCAAUAUCGGAAACAGUUACGUCGAGAACACCUGCACCUGUUACGUACAAAACCAAUAGACCAAGUUUAACGGGUGGUACAGCGAUGAAUGCUGCAGCUCUGAAUACUCCCGCAAUGACAAAACUACCACCAUAUGAGGUAGAUACCGAAAGAGUUAUGUCAAAAAGAAAAUUGAGAGAAUUGGUGAAAAGUGUAGGAAUUGACGAAGGAGAUGGUGAAACGGUGAUUGAUGGUGAUGUAGAAGAGCUUCUAUUGGACUUAGCAGAUGAUUUUGUCACCAACGUAACGGGAUUCGCCUGCAGACUAGCCAAGCAUAGAAAAUCCGAUAAUCUGGAAACAAGGGAUAUUCAAUUACAUCUUGAAAGAAACUGGAAUAUACGUAUACCCGGAUAUUCAGGUGAUGAGAUUAGAACUACAAGAAAGUGGAAUCCAUUGCAGAGUUACAACCAAAAGCUUCAGACAAUUAAUUCGGAAAAAGCUGCCUCUGCCAAAAAUUCAAAUAGUGUUUCAUCCAUGUCUUCAGGAAAGCCUCCCUCUUAG